AUGAGUGGGCCGAGGCUGGAUCGUAGCCAACUUAUGGAGAGGCUUCAGGCAGAAGAAUUCGUGAAGAGAUUUCCGCAUGCAUACAUUGAAGAUCCCAAAAUGACUCCUGAAAUAUUUUAUGAAAUCUUGUGCUCAGUCAAGUUUGAUAUCAAGGAGGCUCAGCUGAAGGUGAUUGCAUUGGUCAGAAAACCUGGAGAGUUUAUCAUACCUGCCGCAUGUUUCGAGCCAUCUCUACCCACGCCACCACUCAGCUCCCCAACUUCACCUGAAAGUUAUGAUAAUAGCUAUUCUGGUCUCAUAGGGUCAGCAAAGCCUAUACCGAGCAUCGAGAUUCAAGGAGGUUCGAGGAGGUCCUCAACUUCACAGAGCGAUGACUUAGACAAAUCACGCUCCAACAUCGCAGCAAGCGUAGAUUUAAAUGAGGAGAGGGUUCGAUCUCCAAUACCAGCAACAUCAUCUUAUCAAACCAGUACAACGAAUACAAAGCGCCGGGUUCCAAUUGAAGACUCUGAUGACGAGAUCCUCCCUCCUGCUUUCCUUAGCAAAAGAAACCGGACCCAUUUUCACUCCACCACGACUAACCAUUCUCCUACUCUCACUGCAUCGACGACUAGAAGAGUCUGCGGGUUUCCGGUAGAUACGGAAAGUGAUGAAGACGAUGAGCCACCACGUCCUGCAACUCGCGAUACCGUUUUACCAUCAUCUCAAACUCUAGUCCGAAAGAAAGGAUCUCUUCGCCAAGAUCCUGAGCAACUUCACCUUUUGCAAAUUAGCUGCAGUGAAGACAACGAAGAGAUUGCAGAUGGAUCGAUACUUGACAAGGAUAUCAAGAUCCGACGAACAUUGUGCCAGCGCGGCUUCAGCACCGCCCCGGACUUUGGAGAUGAGUCCGAUUACGAGGUUCCUGUGGACAACGAGGAAUUGCGAGAUAUUUCCCCUGAUUACUGGCCAUCAACACCAGCAGUAAGAAUUAAACGCCACUAUUCAGAAUAUACCCAUGAGAAACAGACCCUUGGUUCUCAGUCGAAGAUUUGGGUCACGCCUCUGAUCGCUAACCAUUGGAAGAAGUAUUAUCCAGAUAGUAUAGAAGAAGUACCCACUACUCGCUCUCGAGUCUUUGGCGGCCAAGCAAAAGGCUUAGAGGAUGAGCUACAAGAAUUACGUAUUCAGGCCGAGAAACAUACUAGUGCUUCUAUUAGUGAAGUCAAGCUGAAUAGCCUCAUUCAACAUGAUCGGAAGCUUGAUCGAAGAUACUUUGCUUCUGCAGACAUCGAUGGGGUACGAUACGCUCCUGGGGAGUACGUCAUGGUUGCUUCGCAAGGCUUAGAUGUACCUGAAAAGCGAGCAGGGCUUGAUGAUGAUACAGAGACUGGGAGCACUGGGGAUCCGUGGUUUGCUCAGAUAAUCUAUAUAUUCCAGGACGAGCACGAUGAAAAGCUAGCGCAUUUACGAUGGUUCGAGCACGGCUCGCGAACUUUACUUGGGCAAACUGCGAGCUCGCGCGAGCUUUUUCUUUUCCAAAGCUGCGAUGACAAUCCCCUGGGAUGCAUUAUCAAGAAGAUAUCUGUGGAACUCGUUCAACGUUCAACAGAAUACGACAUGGAAAGUGUAGAAACCAGCUUCAACGAUGAGGGAAAUUAUUUUUACCGGCAAUAUUGGCAUCCAGAAUCAAGAAGCUUCACCCAUGUAGCGGCAUCCCAACCUAGGACCAGAACUGGCCAGGAACAGCUGAGCUUCUGCGAAUGCUGUUUUGAAAAGACAGAGAAGACAGCAAGUGAGAAAACUCAAAUUCUUGGCACUAUUACUUGUCGUAAAGGUCGGCCUACAAUCCAGGCCUUCAUUUUCCAAGGCACAACAUAUCGGCUCUACGACUUCGUUUAUGUCGUCGAUGGACAGAAAGAAGUAUACGCAAUCGGCCAAGUCACAAAGAUUUAUCUGCCACGAGGCAUGAUAUCGGCUUACAAUUCCCAAGCAAAGUCUCAAGAGCUAGACGAAAACUUAGAGAGAAGAAUUACUCUCCGUAUCGCUUCCUACCAAAGAUACGAUGAUUUACUUCCGUCUUUUUAUGAAGAGAUUGAGUCGGGCGGCAAGCAUAAGGUCAGAGACUCUCGCCGACUCUUCGCCACUGGAUCAACUUUCCGUAUCAACGCCGCUGAUUUAGACGGAAAGUGCUUUGUUUUCCAUCGAGACCAUAUUGAUAAUCUGGACAAUUAUAAGAACCAGAAUAAUACAUUUUGGGUGGAAGAUCGCCUUUCUCCGCAUGUCAAUCCGAGAUCCUCUAUUCGAUUGCGAGACUUAUGCCCUCUCGAUCGUGACGAAAUGACUUAUUCUACUCAAAGCAAGCUUGAGCUUUCUUCUAGAAUGAAGAUAGUGCAGGACUUUGAAAAACAAGGACCCAAGCCUCAAACACUAGAGCUGUUCAACGGAAUAGGUGGCCUCACAAUUGGCUUUCAAGGCAUCUGCGGAAUGACUAACGCGGUUGAAAUUGAUGAAGCUGCAUGCCAUACAAUGACGUCUAAUCAACCUGACACGACCGUUCAUCAGGCCGAUGCCAGUUUACUAUUGAGUCGUGCUAUCCGACGGGACCAAGGCGAAGAGCUUGAUGCAAUUUAUGACAGACGUGGAAACCUGAUACCAGAUUUACCACGCAGGGGUGAAGUCGACUUUAUCAAGGGCGGACCCCCUUGUCCCGGCUUCAGCGGAGCAAACUCUCACAAGCGUGUGGCGGAACCUAGAAACGGUCUAGUCGCGUUGUUUCUAGCAUACGUCAACUUCUACCAGCCAAAGUAUAGCCUGAUAGAAAAUGUCGUGGGACUGAUUAGGCACGAUCUUGUUGUACCUCAAGAAUCUGAAAAUUCUGGGUCUAGCACUGAGGUUGAAAUCAAACAUGGGACUAUCAAGAUGAUAUUCCGAACCUACACAUCAAUGGUCUACCAAGUUCAAUGUGCUAUUUUAAAUGCUGAGGAGCACGGUACGCCGCAAUCUCGACCACGGGUUUUCAUCUGGGCUACGCUACCUGGUUACCGACUCCCAUAA